GGGUUCCAUCUGGAGAAGGGAAACAAAAUGGCCGCCUCUGGUGCAGGGUAGUUAGGUGUUGUGCGCUCUAUCAGCGACCUUACGCGUACAUGUUCAUGACAAAAAUAUGUUCCAUAGCAGGAAAAGCCACACAGAUACCAAGAGGACUACGCAAAAAUUUCUAGAUCCCAAAAAAGAGACACAAGGGAGGUUGAAGGCUUUGCGAUCGUUGCUGGAUAUCUUUGGACCCUCGGACUCUAAAGUAUUCUUUCAAGGCCAUUACUCUGAGAUUUUCUACGUGUUUAACGAUGUCUUCUGUCAAGUGGAAACUAACCUCAAGCAAAAAGGCCAUAGAUCACAAAGAGAAGACCUCGAUAGCGUCUUGUACAUACUAGAGCAAAUUCUUCUACUUCUACCAGAAUUAAUCCAUAAACGAUGGCAAUUCAACAGUAUUGGGCGUAUAAUGCUGAAGCUGCUGCAUCAUGGGAAUGCCCUGAAGCUGCGGAGAGAGGGAGUGCGUCUGUUCAUGUUGUGGUACCAAGCGUUAACUGUGAACUCUGAUGAGCUCACCCAGCUCAUCUAUGCUAGCAUCAUUCCUGGAUUUCCGAGUGCAAUUGACACCAUUGACUGGUCAAAGUCAGUGCUCUCCAGAACUGAAGCUGAUGAAGUGGUGCAAGCUGUUCGCAGUCCAGACAAUGAUGACCACUCUUACCACGGAUCUGUCAGCUCAUUCUAUGUAUCUGAUAAAGAUAAUGAAGAUUGGUGCAGCCAAGAAGAGAUUUUCCCAAUCUACCCAAUGGCAGGGAGUGAAAAAGCCCCGCCGUUUGAGACCCUGACAAAAUUCUUUCUAGACAGAGUGUUGGACUGCAUGAGUUCUCAGAUGGUACUUGUGGAGUGGGCUGAACCCAGGUCAAGAGAUCAUGCAUUUGCAUUCCUGUUCAAUAGCUUCAAGAAGUAUUACUUGCCGUACAUCUUCCCCCAAUGGAACCCCUCCCCAGCUUUAUACCAUUCUUCUCCAGAACUUCAAGUGCCCAUGGCAACAAUGAACCCAGAGAAUGUGAGCACACACAUGGUGGGAGCUCGGGAAUCAGUGCUCAGGUGGUUCGUAGCCUUCACAGUGCGCUUCAAGAGACAGGAAGAAGGUCAGGAACCCAGUAGCCCCACCUUCACUUCCAAGUCAAUGGAGUCCCUCCCCCCUAGCACGACCACACCCGGUAUGGGGUCCACGGCAGACAUGAUGAAAAGCAUCAGUAACGACAAGAAGAAGGAGGACUUGCAUACGGCUAGUGACAUCAUCCGCCGAGUGCUGUAUUCCACUAAAGAGAAUGUGCAGCUUCUUCAUGAAGUUUUAAGACAGGGUUUCAGGCUACCACCUAGGAACCUCAACACCAUUCGGCAAGUACUAUCAGUCUACCAAGAGUGGAUUAAGCAUACAGAGAAGCCCAUCUUUAUGCAAGAACAAGUGCAUGGUGUCACUCUCUCUAGUGAUGCUGUUGAUUCUAAAAGUGAUCUUGCAGUACCAGAGUCUGUGGAGCCUCCUCAGAGCCCAGUCAGGACGUGGUCUUACUGCAGAGCCUUUAGCUUUAACAGAGAGCCAGUAUUUGUGCUGCCUAGUGAGGAGGUGCGUGCAGGGCUUCAGGCCAACCUCAGACUCUUCAUUCUCCAUUCUGCUGAAGUCUUCCUUGCCCCAGAGGACUCUCGUGAUCUGGAAAAGCAGGUUGAUGUUUGCAAGCGGGUGAUACAUUUGUACCGCAGCAUUGUGCUAGAGGUUCAGAUGGAACAGGCAACAUGGGAGCAGCUGCUGGUUGUACUGCUGGAGGCGUGUCGUCACCUUCUGAGUGGCAAUGCGCCUACGGACAAGAUGCACUCUCUCAGUGGUCAAUUAGCUGCAAGUAUACUACAGACGCUGUUUGUGACAUGGAUCCGUGCCAACCUGAAGGUGCCCAUAUCCCUCAGCCUGUGGGACAAGUGUCUGGAUGUGCUCUCUUCCCUCACACACUGGGAGGAGGUCAUAGCAGAGUGGAACACUACUCUGCAGACCUUGACCAGAGUACUGGCCAGAACUGUCUAUAACCUUGACCUAGAUGACCUCCCGUUGGACAGGCUGAGUGAACAGAAGCGUAAACGGCGGCGGCACCAAGUCCAGGACAAGCCCAACUUUGACAAACUAGCCUUCUCCCGUUGGAGUCGAAUGGAGAGUCGGGGCACGGGAAGUCCUAAGAUGAUUCGCUCCUCUCUAGAGGUUAAGAGUGAGGGAAUGUCAUCUGCACCAGUCACACCAAAUAUCAAAAGGCCGUCUGCACAGCGAAUGUCCUUAGGGGCUCCUCAACAACAACCUGUUAUCACUGGACCUCCUGGGGAUCUACAUGUGGUGGCCCAGACAGAGAGGAGUGCAUUUCAGGUGGCGGGUGCAGCUCAGAUGCUGCAAGACACGCCUUUAAAGACCAGGAACCAACUACCUUCUACCACUGCUGGCACAGUGACAACUGAAGAGACUGCUGGACAGUCAUUGGUUCCUGAACAUAGCACCAUAACACGGUCAGACUCACAGCUGCUGAACCGAGACCAUACUGAUGCCGACACCCUGUCCCAAGGUGACAGCAGUCUAGAAACCUCUGCAUCGGGAGCUAAGAGCCAGUCUGCCAGAGAACUGUACUCACGAGGCAUCUCUGAAAGCUUGUCGAGUACUGACUUUGAGGAGGAUUUGGAGAGCCUGGCAAGUACAAACCUCAGGUCUAGGGAUGACAGUGAGAGUAUCUCUAGUGCAGAUCGGAGGUCACGAGGAGAAAACGAGUCAGAGGACGUCAGCACUUACUCUAAGCCAGAGUUUGACUCCUCCCCUCCCCAUUUCCAUCCAUCCCCGGAUUCAGCACAUCUAAGGAGGGAAGACACAUCUAAGUCUGCAGAAUGGUUUAACAUGAGCUUUGAGCCCGAGACUGGCAGUAAUUAUACUGCCAGUGAUUUGUACCAGGGAUUGUCAAGAAUCAGUGAGUCAAGCCUGGAAACCAAGUUUGAUGAGGCCAGUAAGGGUUCGACCUCAGCAGCUGAGUGCAUGUCCACUCCAACAUAUGAUGAGGUGCUUGGUGAAGGUGGUGAGGAGGCAGAAGAAUACUCAGCCCUAAACCCGGAGAGCAGGUUCUCUCCAGCAAUUGGCAACCAAGAAUUCUCCGAAGAUCUCCCCCCUUCUUACCGGAGCCCAUCACCCUCACUAGCUGAGACACGAGAAGAAAUGUUAGACUUGGACGGGGAUCACGCCGUGGGAGAGGAGAUCAGUGUUUUGGCAGGCGGCAUUCGUGAGGGCUGGGGACCUGUGGCUGCUGUGGCAUUAUGGAGAAGGAUGCUGGGAAUCCUCGGGAAUGUCAAUCAAAUCAAGAGUCCAUCGAUACAUGCCAAGGUUAUAGAGUGCCUUAUUUCCACCUGGAAUAUGCUCGCCAAGGUACGAAUGAACCAAGGUAUUUCAUUGGAUAACAAGUUUACUCCCGCUGUACCAGAUCUAUUACCUCCUCUUCAGUACUAUGCCACAUGGGUGUUUGAGGCAGCAUCAUUGUUGAUGCCACACAAGUUUAAGAGUGGUCGCCUACUAGCAUACCAGCUUAUCUGCACAAUGACUGUCCGGCAGCAUGAUACCGCCCUAUCUCAGGAGUACCUCACACACUUCUAUCGGCUCAUGCACAUUGGUCUUACAGGCACUGACCAGGACGUCAUAAGUGUCAUUAUAAGGAACUGCAGCAAGUUCUUCUCGAUGAUGCUGCCCUGCUCCACUCUUCUCAUUCUAGACUUUAUUCAGGCCGCAAACACUAUCUUCAUCAACCAAAACCUGGAGCUUCCGCGUGCAGAGGCAGUGACUCUGAUGGGAUCUUUACUGUGUUACCCCAAUGCAUUUCCAAACAUGCCUUUGCACCAGCCUGGGCACCAGACAAACGAAUACCAACCAACCAGUACUGGUAAAGACAUCAAGGAGAAGCUGAUAGUUGCGCUGCUGAGAGCUGCAAAACUUGACCCUUCAGUCACUGCAAGGUGUAUAGCGUUGAACUCUUUGGGCGUGUUUUUGGUUGAGGAGCUGGUUCACUGCAAGGGACAUCCUCGAGUGCAUGACUGCAUCUGCGUCUUGCUCCAAUCAACCACGUUCCACCACAAGACCGUGUCCACCUUGGCUAUUGACCUUCUUCACAUGCUUUCCCAGUAUACCCAGGAGUUGUGCGCAUUUGACAGUGAAUUGCCAAUCAAAGUUGUAGAGGUGAUGUGCCACACUGUGACAAGUCUACUUCCAGGAGGAGAAUUUGCUAGCGUUCAGGAGGAGAACUCUAUUUUGGUGUCUGUGAUUCUCUGCUUACUGGAUUGGGUGAUGGUUAUACCAAGUGCGAAACUAAUGGCCAGGAAAGGGGAGGAGAAUCGCUCAACUCUUUCAAGAGUUUUCCAGGUUCUUCAGAUGGCAGCACAUAACCGAACUGUCCCCAAACGCCGCAAAUCUCUCAACAUCUCUACUAUUAUCAGCGGUGACGGCCGGCCGGUCAGGCUUGCGCGAGUGCAGGAAACAAGCAAGACGCCUAACCACGUGCCAAGUCCCGCCGAGCCAACAGAGACAAUAGAAGAAAAGAAUAACGAAAAUGAUAGCGAUAAUGAUGAUCAACAAGAUGCUGGCCCCAAAGCUCCAGUCUCCUUUAUAUUUCCUCCGAAGCCUGAACCAAUCAAACUUACUGCUAAAGCGGCUCUGAUGCAUAUUGUGAAUCAUCUUGGGCACUUCCCACUCGGCGCAGGCCCCUCUCGGCUGGAUAGUCUCAUCAGCGAGCAUGAAGAUCACCUCAGCACCGAUUGUGACGAGAUGCAGCCCACCAUAUUCAACUCGCCUAACAUACAGUUUUUCGUACUAAACGACAGUGUACUCGUCUCCGCCGUGGAGUUGCCCAAGGAGGAUCCAAAAUGCCACCCCCUGCUACAGGACAUGACUACAGCAAAAACCCAAGUUCGGUUGAUCACGCGGGACAUGACCGGCCGGUUCUCUUGGGACCACACCAUGAUGUACAGUCGUAGCGGCACCCCCGAGCCCGAGCGUCACGCCUUCCCCCUCCCCGGACUCCUGCUGGAUCAAGAGAGGGAGGCGAAGGAGUCUCCAGAGGAGUCACGACGCACCAUGAGAGGGGCACUCAGCACCUUUAAGAGUACCACGCCCAUAGCGCCGGACAGACUGGAUGAGGCGCUGAGCUAUAUCGGCAGCAGUAGCCGGGAAUGUGUACUUUUCCCAGACCAAGCACUAAACGAACCCGCCCCAGCUCCCGUUGGCCACUCCAUGGAGUCUUCAGUUAUGGAGCAUGUGCUAACACAGCAUACCGCUGAGCACUCUUACAUCCGGGAUAACACGACGGACGCUAGUUUGUGUUCGGUGGAGUUCAGACCCCCGGCAUAUGUAGAUCCCUCGUCACCAUUCCAGCUCGGUCGGUUCCUGAUCAGUGAGACUGGACUUCUCGCUUGGGAGAAAAGGCUGCGGGUUGAUCUAUUGAAGAAGAACGAGAAAUUCCUUCGAGAACUCAAGAAUCUGGACAACAGGAGAUGUCGCGAGACGCAUAAGAUCGCAGUGCUGUACGUGGCGGCGGGUCAGGAAGACAAGACGUCAAUUAUGUCGAACUCAGCGGGUAGUCAGGCGUACGAAGACUUUGUGGCCGCGCUUGGAUGGGAAGUUGACUUGUCUACGCACACGGGGUUCCUGGGGGGUCUUGAGCGGAACCUGUCCACGGGAGAAACCGCACCUUACUACGCGACCUCCAUGCAUGAGGUCAUGUUCCACGUGGCCACGCGGAUGCCUCUUGCGACAGACGGCACGGGUUUCAACAAGAAGAUGCGCCAUCUCGGCAAUGACGAAGUUCACAUCGUGUGGUCGGAGCACAGUCGGGAGUAUCGUUACGGGAUCGUGAAUACGGAGUUCGGUGACGUAUUGCUGAUAAUCUAUCCUCUCAAGAACCACAUGUUUAGGAUUCACAUCAUCAAGAAACCGGAGGUCCCUAGUUUCGGGCCCUUGUUCGAUGGAGCAAUUGUCAACAGACGCGUUUUACCGUCCCUGGUGCGCGCUACGGCCAUCAACGCCAGCAUGGCGAAACGCUCCCUACUGCCACUCUACGAGAGAUACUACGAGGAGCGUGACAAGUGCAUCGAGCGCAUUGUGCAGUACCAUAAACAGCCCUCCACCUUCGAGGAGUUUGCUUCACGCGUCUUUAGCCCCGCCCCCAACACGCUGAGCAGGCCGUCGACGCCUUUAGGGACUGCGGCUGAAGCCAUGACCAUCAUGCGAACACAGACCUUGUCACAAGAUGAUUCAUCUCUACGCAUGCGCUCUAAGAGCACAGGAACCGGUCUGAUAAUGAGUCACGAGAAUGACAUUGGUAACGAAGAGCUUGCCACGUCAUUACCUGACGAACUUGACAAGGUUAGUAAUCACUCGACCGAUGGCGGCGCGACCCUACGACAAGAUAAGAGGAGGCUCUCGCUGAGAUGGCGUAACAAACCCUCGCCUACCCCCGAGGCGACCACUACCGACGCAAACAACCCAGCAAGCGGCGAGGAAUAGGCGACAAAUAACCUACACAAUCAACCCAGCAAGCGGCGAGGAAUAGGCGACAAAUAACCUACACAAUCAACCCGGCAAGCGGCGAGGAAUAGGCGACAAUCACCGACACAAACAACCCGUCAAGCGGCUAGGAAUAGGCGACAUUCACUGACACAACCACAAACAACCCAGCAAGUAGCAGGAAUUGAUCCCCUGUUAUAUGCGAGACGCAACUCACUUGCAUCCUAAUGUUAGUAUCCGCAGAUACGUUUGCUUUGAGACGCAACCGUUUGCAACUGAAGCCCGAAUCGUUUGUAUAAGAUGUGCAACUCAUUUGCAGCCUAGGCGAAAAUCCUAUGUCACCUGUUUAUGUCCGAGGCGCAACUCGCUCACACCCCAGCUGCAAUUUGUUUGCAACCCGGACGCAACUCGUUUGCACCUGGGGACUCGAGCUGGCUUGGGUGUUAUCCAUCUCUUGGUGAUAAGAUAUCGCGUGUUUUUAGGUGAUCUGGUUUUAUAAAAUCUUAUACGAACACUAAAUGAAUUGAUUUGUUUAUAUUUUAUAAAAAUAAUUCAAUUGUACAUAGGUAAUGCCGUCAGGUGCGUGUAAUAGGUAAAGAGCAGGUAUAUGAAAAUUGAGCUAUGAAUCAAUAAAUAUGUCGAGAAAAAGCAUGAAUAAAAGAAAGAACUUUCGCGAA